CCACGAGUUUUUCCUCAGUCUGCUCCUUACGCAUUUCACAAAUUGCGUCAGUCAGGUCAUUGACUGUCAGAUCCACAACAUUUCCCCACAGGCAGUGAAGAACCAUAUUCUUCUCACUACUACAAUGAGUCCGCGAGAAAGACAAGAUGUAGAGCUGCUCAAGGCAAGCGAGAGCACGGAAUCACUACCUGCCCUUGAAAAGACGCCGAUAAAAACUGUACAAUUUGGUGCGAUUGAAAUUCGCGAAUACAAUCGCAUAGUCGGAGAUCAUCCGGACGUUAAAGUGGGACCACCCGUGAGUUUAGGAUGGGAGUACAAUGUACGGGAACCUGUUGAUAUCAACGAGUAUGAGGCCACCCGUCCGUCUCGGAAAGUCUACUUACGUAUGUCUUCGAUCACUCGAAAGAACAUGCUCCACAAUGUAUUCGGCAUUGAUGAAGAAGAAAUUGCCUCUUCGGAAAAGGAAGUUCAGCGUAUAAAGAAGCAACGUGAAGCAUCCAACAAGCAAAGCAAAACUGGUGAAAAAGUCGAAUCUGCCUUUCAGUCUAUGAAAAGAAAAUUCCGACGGAAGAUAUCGAGUGAGAACCUGUUUCGUGGAAUAGCUUCCGCGUCGGGCAGUAUGAUCGCCGUGGGGAUGCACGCAUAGACGAGACAACAAGGGUUAAAAAUGUACAAAGAUAGACGUAUGCUUUUGUUAUAAUAGAGAUCCUUUAAAAGAUCGUGCUCUAUCCACUAUUUUUUCAUGCGGUACAUGAAUAGCAGCCUUCGCGAUCAUUCCGUUGUUUCAUUCCUGUAAAUAGAAAAAUGAAUGCGGUGGAGUGCUUUC